GUUUUACUCCCUUAAAUAAAAACGCAUCAGCCGCACGGUAGCGCUGGUGUUGCUAGGCAACACACCCGCCAAAUUUCAGCUGUAAAUCCAAGAUGGCGUCGCCAACCCGUGAGGAUAAUUUAAUCGUUCCUACGAGUAUACACUGGACAUGCGAUGACGUGGCAAACUGGAUCGAAGAAAUUGGAUUCCCACAAUAUAGAUUAUGUUUUACAAACAAUUUAAUCGACGGCAGAAAGCUUGUUUUAAUGGACGCAAGUAAUCUCCCGAAGUUGGGGGUGACGGAUUUUGACCACAUACUCUUUAUCGCCUCAAGUGUCAGAGACCUCUUAAACAUAGAGAAACCAUUCUGGAACCGAAGCAUUGCUGACCCUGCAAGUUCACCGAUGGAGAAUUAUCUGCAAAUUAAAAGUCGCACCGGACCUUCUUUGGAUAAACUUAGUUAUUCACAAUUUCUUAGACGUGGUUACUAAUGUUAUGACGUGUCGUGGGGUCACAAUGACGUAUUUGUGAUGUAAUGAUGACGUAAUUACGUAAAUGUUUGCACGUGUCACAUUACUAGUAAUUAUGUUUGUUGUUUGUUUUGAACGUUUUUUUCCUAAAAAUGAAAUAAAAAGUUGUAAAAAGUUUUU